CAUAGAUUGUUUAUAACAAAAAAUUGAACGACUUUAGCUUAAUGGAAACUAAGUAUAUCACAACUUUUAUUUUGGUAUUAUCAUUACUGACACAGAAUAUAGAUGCUAAAAGAUCAUGCAGAAGGCGGAAGCCAACAAAAAAUGCCUUGAAGUUCAAAAUCAAUACAACCUGGAAUAGUCGGCCUGUUGACCACGACCCAGUCAUAAUCUCAUUAGAUCGAGACAGAUGCAAAAAUGUGAUAAUAAAUGUUGAUGCACCUUUCUUCAAUGAUCCAGCCAAUCCUGGUGGUACCCCUGGUCAACCAUUUCCUAGACUAUGGGAUUAUGAAGUUGCAGAGGUGUUUUUUCUUAAUGAUGCCAAUGAUUAUUUGGAAGUUGAACUGAGUCCACAUGGCCAACACUUGGUUCUUUUGCUACAUGGAGUAAGGAAUAGUUUUAAACAACAACUACCAUUAUCUUAUACAGCUACCAUAAACAAAAAUAAGUGGACUGGGCGGGUUACGAUACCUGGCACUUAUUUCCCACCAAAAGUCACUAAAUUUAAUGCUUAUGCAAUCCAUGGAUCCGGGAAUCGUAGAAAGUAUGAAUCACUGUAUCCUGUUCUAACAGGGACAUAUAAAUAUCCUGACUUUCACAAUUUGAAUUAUUUUCAAUCGAUCAACUUUAAAAGACUGCUACCUGUUAACUGGAGUCAUCGAUAUGCCUCAGAAAAAUGGAAGACAUACUACCCAAUUCGUAAAUACACAGGAAAAUAGAAUAGACACCUGUUUGUUAUGUGCAUUUAUAAGAUGUUUGUCAUUGUAUAAUUUAGAUUUCGG